AAAAUGAGUCAAGUUGAAACUGGAGCGAAGUUAUUGGCUACACUAGCACUUGCUCUCUUUCAUCUUCUUCCAGUAACCCCUACAUUGUCCGAAUUUAACCGUCACCGUGAAAUUACAUUGUUAGAGGAACACUUAACUGCUGCGGAAACCACCGUUAGAGUGGUCAGAGUUCGGAAAGACGGAACCGGAGAUUUUACGACGGUGACGGAUGCCGUUAAAAGCAUUCCGUCAGGAAACAAAAGGAGAGUGGUGGUGUGGAUUGGUAUGGGAGAAUAUAGAGAGAAAAUAACGGUUGAUAGGUCGAAACGUUUUGUAACGUUUUAUGGGGAAAGGAAUGGGAAAGACAAUGACAUGAUGCCCAUUAUAACGUACGACGCAACCGCUUUGCGUUAUGGGACACUUGAUAGUGCAACUGUCGCUGUUGAUGCUGACUACUUUGUUGCUGUCAAUGUAGCAUUUGUGAACUCGUCUCCUAUGCCGGACGAAAAUAGUGUUGGAGGACAAGCAUUAGCGAUGAGGAUAUCAGGGGAUAAGGCUGCAUUCUACAACUGCAAGUUCAUCGGAUUUCAAGAUACCUUGUGUGAUGACUAUGGCAAACAUUUUUUCAAGGACUGCUUUAUUCAAGGAACCUACGAUUUCAUCUUUGGAAAUGGAAAAUCCAUCUACUUGAGAACUACUAUAGAAUCGGUUGCAAAGGGUUUGAAUGUCAUCACAGCACAAGGUAGGGAAAGAAUGUCGGACGACACUGGAUUCACUUUUGUUCAUUGCAACAUAACUGGAAGUGGUCACAGGAACACUUACCUUGGUCGUGGUUGGAGGAGGAGCCCUAGGGUUGUAUUUGCCUAUACCUAUAUGGACUCUGUCGUCAAUUCCAGAGGAUGGUACCACCAUGGGUCCAAUGAGACAAUCUUCUUCGGAGAAUACAAGUGCAGUGGACCCGGUGCUGUUAGGUUAAACUAUAAAAGGAUACUAUCUGAUGAAGAAGCAAAACACUUCUUGAGCAUGGCUUAUAUUCAUGGAGAACAGUGGGUUCGCCCACCUCCCAAACUUUGAUACAAAUUUAAUUACUAUGCAUGCAUGUGCCACUUUAAUGUAUAUGAGAAGAAAAUGCACACAUAUAUGUUCAUAGUGAUAUAUUUAGCAGUUCCCUAAGUGUCUGCUAGUGUGACAAAGUAUGACGAAACUAUAUGAAAAUUUUGCUUUGUGUUGAAAGAUGGUACAUGUGAAUUUCCUCUGGUGUGAUGAAGUAUGGCCAUAUUUACUAAAUAAAGAAAAAAGGUAG